CGUCAUCAAUGGACGCUACCAUGGUUACCUGGGUUGGAAUGGUGAUGAAUCGUUAGCUUCUGACACAAGGAAGGACAAGGAUUCAAAGAGAUCAGAAAUGGGCGUGGAAGAGGGUCUGGAGUCGCCGGGGUGUAAGGAGAGCAACUGGGUGGCUGAGUUAUUUCCCCCUCGUUUUACCGUGCUUGAUCUCCUGGAGGAAUGUGGCGCCGGGCCGGGGGCAGGAACACGACCCCCGGAAACAGUUUCUUCGCUUCUGCUGCCUAGCGAAAGAACGAGCAAGGUCCGGAGCGGCCGAAAGCAAGAGAUCUACCGGUCAGCCCUUGUCGAGGUGCAGCGGACAGAGGACAGCAGGAGGAGGAAGCAGCUGGUGGAGAGAAUCAUUAGGAAGCAGGAUGGGACACCAGAGACGAGCUCCGGAGAUGCGGAGCGCAGGGGCGGGGCCUUCGAACGGAGUCCGGGACGGGAGGAUGAGGAGGCCUGCAUCUGGAACGAGCAAGACCUGGCGUCUCUGCGGUGGGCAGCGCGCAAAGCGGAGCAGGACCGACGCAGUCUGAGCGCUCGGCUCCAGCAGGCGCUAGAUGAGACGGAGAGGCGGCGGCAGGAGUGCGGACGGCUCCAGGGGUUACUGGACGAGAGGGAUGCGCAGAUAGCUCGUGCCAGACGCGAAGCUGCAACGAAAAGUCAGCAGUUGGAGCUGCUACGGGUCCAGGGGCGCAAAACCGAGGCACGUUCGAAGGCAUGGGUUACGGAGGUCCGGGACAGGGCGCAAGAGGCCAGCAGGCUGCACGAGAAGCUUAGAAGGGCUGAAGAGGAAGUGCGGAAGCUCAGGGGGAACAAUGCAGGCUUGGCACAGGAGGUGGACAUGCUGAGGAAGCAACUGGAGGCGGAGCGGAAGGAGGAGGCGGUAGUCACCCUUGCGGAGCACCAGGCUCUCGUGCAGAGGCUGCGGGCCGAGCUAGAGGCAGAGCGUCAAAAACACGCACGCAGCCGGACAGCUCUGGAUCUCCUGCGCAGACACUACAUCAGCCGACCGGACCAGCCGGGCAGGCGACAGAUAGACAGGAUCACAUACAUGUAGUUCAGAAUGGGCGGAAGAGCUACAGACCUGCUCUUCUUGGCUUCAUACCUCCUGCACUACAUCAUCUAUGCAAUGUAAAUUUCAACAUGGGCAGACAUGCAGUAGCCACAUCCAGUAGCUUUUAUUCCUUUUAUCUUUUAAAUACUGUGUUUUGUCCGUUUACCCUACCACAGUGCACAUGGAAACAUGCAAAGACACGCUACAGCUUGUGGGAUUAUUUUGAGCAACAUUUUUCUGUUUCUGUGCGCUGAUGUGUGGUUGAGUUGCUUACGUGAGCAGAGAUUGCGUGCCGAAAAGUGUCGUACCGUGUGUAACAAGUGCAGCAUUCAUACUAGUUAAAGGACAAUAAAAGACCAGUUUGCAUUUUAACAGACUGAUUUUAUUUCCUGUUUCUGAAUCCACCUCAAGUCCUUUCACCUUUCCAAAAAAAAAAGAAAUACUGGGAAAGUCUUUGGAAACAGUAAAGACAGCAUGAAGCGAUACCAAGAGACAUUCAGUGUUGGCUGAGAAUAGUUUUCUGACGAAAACAGAAACAAAAGGUGCAGCGAAUAUUUACAGUUCAGACUUCUGCUCAUCAGAACCCCCUGCUUUGGUUUUGUGACUGCCAGUGGCACAGCAUCUUUUCCCCCAGUGCUGCGAAACAUUAUAGGUCUCCAAACAUUGAUGAUUGGGCCGCACGUUCCUGCAUUUCACUGUCGCGUUUUCACUAUUCGAUUAAUUCACGCAGAUGACUGGAUCUUUUACGUAUAGCAGUCUUGGCUCCAAUUCUUAUUCUCUUGGUCACAAAGUGGUUCAGGGUGUCCUAGCAGGGUUAAUCUACCACACAUGGUCUGAUUUGUUGAUCGUACAUUUAGCAAAAAAAUUUCAUCUCUAUGUUUGAAAUUCAGUUCUUCCCCCAAACAAGCUAUAAUAAAUUAUGUAAGUAAAUGAGGUACACCUUAAGGAGUGAGUUUAAAUGUCAGUCUAACGUACAAAUGCACCCAUUUGAAAGGUCACAUUCAAAUCUAGGUCACUCUGGACCGUUUUCACUGGAAAGAUACAGAUAAAUCAUUCAAGGACAAAGAGGGGAACUUAAAAUUCUACGGUCAUUUGCUUACUGGGUCGGUCUAUAAACAGCACACUGCAGGAGACAGGACUGCAUCCGUCCAAGGCAGCAAACCAGCAGUACUGUCUUCACACCCGUUUUCAGCACACGCUGAGGUCGGUGACACACGCUCUCAAAAAUUCUGAAAGCAGUCAUUUUCUCCUUUCCAUCCACCUCCUAAACCAAAAGCAACUUGCAUUUAGAAGAAUGGGUUUACCAUACUGCUUUUAAUAAUGAAUGGCUGAUCAGAAAGAACUAUGUCCUAUUCGCUGAGUACUUGACCAUAUUUUGCAGGGUUUUAAUUCUCUUUGUUCAGAACACUUAUUCUGUUGCACAAUUCAAUCGCUGUAUCUGUUUUUCAUUAAUGUGAAAACAUUCAGGAGAUCCCUUGAAAUCCAUUAAAGUGGUCAAUAAAUGUCUCUCAUAAAUAGCUGAAAAGGGAGGACUGAGAGAUCUGUAUAUUCUAUAUGAUCACCAGCACUACGCAUUCAGUACAUUGUUAUCGUUCCACUCUAAAGUAAAAAUUUUAUGUGUCAGUGAAAUACUAGUCUACAAAGUGCACACAAGGAAUGUAUGAAAACUUGUGCAAAAAGAUGACAGCAGAACUUAAGUGCCAGUUUAUCACUAAAAAUAUCUGAAGACAUGAUUGACCAAAAAAAAAAAAAAAAAAAAAAAAUCC